CUACAGUUGUGGCCAAGUGAACAGCUGCCACACUGAAGGAAGAUCAUAGAAGGAGACAGUCUCACAAUGAAGACUAAACAUAUGCGAGGGCCACUUGCAGCAAUUCUACUUUACACAUGUGCAACUCUUGCAGCAGCUGCCUCCGAAAGCCAGCUUCUAGUUUCAUCGAAGUGUAAGCUUUUGAAGGUGACAUCCAGAACGUUUUUUACGGAACUACCUAAUGGUGCAAUAGUGGAACGUAUCGCACGAGAUAUAAAAAUUAUAGUUCCCAUGAGAAGCAGAGAGAACAUUUCGGAUCCAACCUCCCCGAUUCGGACCAAGUUUGUCUACAAGAUUUCAGAUUUCUGCAAGAAUUGCGCCCGAAAAGCAUCUCCACAAGAACCUCAGUGCAACCCCAAACCUCCACCCAUAGAUGAAUGUUACGCCCAUGACAACAAGACAUGCCUGGACUAUCAAAGCCGCUUACGAGCUGCCAUUCUGAAACCUGAACACCACCAACAUAAAGAAAAUCUCUGGGUUCAGAAACCUACACAGGCACCUGUUGAAACUACAAGAGAUUUGUCAUCGAUAUCUGAUGCUCCGUAGAUUGUUCUAAAAAUCAUACAAACAAUUGCUCCUGUUUCUUUACAGCUUUUUAGCUUUGCCAUUUAGCCAUUCUGGCCUUUUGCCUUCAUUGAGAAGAGAAUAAAAUGCUUCAUAGCUUGUUUCAUAAUAAACACUGAUUUCUAUACUAUG